AUGGCUGAGCUUGUGGCUUUCCUCGAGAAGGCGCACUGGGAGAAACGGGGCAAGGAUACCUCAAUCUGUGUCGACGAAAAUCUCGAAUCUGUAUUGGUAAAAUUUGCGUCGGGACUACCAGAUUUGAAGGGUCAUGACCUACAGGCAUGGAAAACCACGGGAUCCACGAGGAUACUGAAGACGGCAGCCUAUCUUAUCCCCAUUUGCACAAUCGAGGGAACGCCUCGAGUCGAAAACGGUCCCGAACUCAUCCCAGGUUCGCGGCCGUUCUACUUUGAAGACGAGAUUGUUAUAUCUGGCUCGCUCUACUACGUCCUCGCCUUACCCCCAAGACCGAAAUCGGAUUAA